AUGAUAGCUGUUGGAAUUGUAUGGCUUCUAUCAGGAGCGGCACCUGCCUUGGCGUUGUUGAGCAAAUCAAGUGAAAUUUUGCCAGUUGAAGUCUAUGAGUGGUUUGGAUCUGUAAUCAUGAUUGCUUGCCUGCUAACAGUCUCGUGUGCAUACGCCCUUAUUUGGUUUUAUUCCAAAAGGAAGGAUCCAAGGCUGUCUCAAAAUAAUCACAUGCGCAACAAAAAUUUAGCAAAAACUCUUUUUAUUGUAACUGUUCUUUCUCUAAUAACUUGGCUACCUUUUGCUGUCGUCUUCAACUUCAGCUCUAUCAUAGAAAGCAGCAGUGUAAUAAACCGAGUUACUCGAUGUCUCCAGUUAGGAAAUUCAUUCAUCAAUCCAAUUGUUUAUUCCUUGAGAAUGCCAGUGUUUAGGCAGAUCGUGAAAAAUAUGUUUCUAAACGCAAAAACAACACGACUAAAUGUGCACCAGCGUAAGACCUGCCCUCGAACGGACGCCAUCGUUUUAGCCGCUUUCUCCAACUCAAAUAAUACUUUCAAGUGAGCCUUGAGCGUAAACAAAUAUCUUCUCAAAACUGAAAAAAAAAAAAAUUUCUUUGAAAUUAAAAAAUUUCAGUACAGAUUCGAAAGACUUCUCGGUCAUGGUUUGGGAGUUUUCUAAGUUAGUCCGAGUUGUAUCUUUUGUGAUCUUUCUAUUGAAAAGGUUAGAAUCCGCUCGGAUCAAAAAAUUACGGAAAAGAAACAGACAUCACACAAAAACUUUUAAGUGAUUUGAAUAUCCUCUCAGUAAGUUGAAGGGAAAGUUCAAGGACAAAAUUUUUUAAAGAUGUGAAUAUGUUUAAGUGGUCUCCUGCGAAUGACAAGUAUCCGGCAUUCGCUAAGAGUACAUUAAGUGUUUUCGUUUCUGUGCUAAAGACACCUUCUGAUUGUUCUCCUUCGUUUGAAAUUCGAUUGAUAUGCCAACUGACUGUAUUCAAGAAUGACAAUGAUUUGUUUUGUCUGUCACGAUUUACACGCCCCAUUUAUACUUUUUGCCAGCUUUUGAUUGGUAACUGCCAUGAAAAAUGAACUGAAUAUGAUGUGAAGUAGAAUAAAUAUAAGGCAAGCAGUGUUUCAAAGCAUCAGCGCAAAUUAACUUUUUUUCUCAGGACAAAUUAAAAUCACAGAAGUUAGGACUCUGUUUCGACCUCCAAUUCAUUCUCUGCUUCACAGGAAAGGGGUUUUUGUCGCAGACCAUACAGUAGCAUAUUCAUGAGAAAGUUUUAUCACCCCGGCCUACACUUAUUUGCUUGGGAAAGUACAGCUGUAAAUGAGAAAAAUUUAGUAGUUCCUUGGGGGGUUUGCCUGCUGGAAACCUUUCACUUUUCCACAGUGUCGAAGUCUUUCUCCGUCUGUUUUACGCUUCAAUGUCAAUUAAGUACCACCAUGUGAAAAAGCUGUUCUAUGUUCCCUUGCAAAUACCAAGGAGUUGAUAACCACUUUUAAUCAGAUCUGCAUUCGAUCAAAACGAAUAAAAAAUUGUAAGAUACUCGUGCAGAAAUACCCCGUGGCUGAAAAUCAAAUAAAGUCAGCGCGCUAAUCAAACAGCAAAAACUUUAAACUAGCGCUCUUCACUCUUCCAGAUUUUGAACUUUAUGAAACGCUGUGAAAUGGAUAAGGGGCCUGCUGUUUAUCUAUGUCAGAAUUUUAUUCCAGCAGAGCUAAUGACUUCAGUUGCGAUUGUUUGUCGAGUUUUAUUAUAUAUUUGCCUUGGUUGGAAAAAUUACUUUUAUUCAAAGACCUGUCAAAGCGACCUUGGAAAGCAAUUAAAUUAAGAAAAUGGGAAUAGAAAACCGAGGGGGUAGAAAACCGAGGGCGAAUGACUCAUGUUCCGGCAGCUUCAAAUUGAGCGUAACAUUUUAUAAAACAUUGACAUCAAUGGAGCUGAAAUGCAAAAAAAUCAAUGUGAAGCACAAAGAUGUUUGGUGCCGUCUAGUUGAAUAACCAGUUCGCAAUUCUGUGUAGCUAAUGUAAAAGCCACCUUGGAAAAAUAAUACAUUACAAAAUCAACUUGAAAUGACGUAAUAAUGAACUUUGGCCGCCGUGCGGCUACCAAUAGCAGAAGAGAGAUGAAUAGUGUUGUCGUUUCUUGAAGUAGUGUGGGACUCUAUUUAAAUAAUUUUGAUUAAAACUUAGUAGAAAUUUAAAUUGCUUUGAAUUUGAUCGAAUGUUAAUGUACUCUUAAAAGAAAACAACCGUUGCUUAAUAGCGUGUAUGUUUGUUUCUAAAAAGAGUGAGCGGAAAUAAGAUUAGCACUGCGAAAAGCCAUUUUUCCGUUUGCGCGGUAUACAGGGAAAAACUUAGACAGUUGGGAUAUUCAGCUAGGGUAAAAUUAAAUUGUUACUUAGUUUUCGGGCUGAAAAGAUAAAGCUUCAAAUGGGUGAAAGGUGCGAAGGUGCUGAGCUAAAAAACGUACUUCCAUGGAUAAUAAUAUUAUGUUUGGAAGCCCUGAUUAUACUCUUUGGAAAUAUCAUCACCAUAAUCGUGUUCCUGAAAGGGAGAUUUCACUUGAGAAAAACUUCUGUUGUCUUGAUAAACCUGUCUGUUGCUGAUUUUCUGGUUGGUCUAGGUGCUCUUGGGGACAUCGCGAGUGACAUUUGUUCGCUUUCUUCAUCGUCUUGCAAGACACAUAUUACUUUGAUAGAGAGGUAUUUCCCUCUUGGAGAGUACUCUAGCACUGCAUCCAUUAGUUUCCUUGUCCUCAUUUCUUUGGAGAGGCUCUACGCGAUAGUUUGGCCUUUUCGCAGCCGAGUCACAUCGACACGAACAUACAUAUAUGUUGUUUUAGGAGUUUGGCUUUUAUCUGGAAUAGCUCCUGCCCUUGUCUUGCUAAGUAGUCAACAUAAGAUUCGUGCAGUCCCAAUCGAAGUUUACUUGUGGAUUGGAUCGCUCUAUAUGUAUGUUUGCCUGAUAGCCAUCGUGGUUGCGUAUUCUAUUAUUUGGUUCUUUUCUACAAAAAGAGAUCCAAGACUUUCAGAGAGUAGCCAGAUACGCAACAAACAUCUUUCAAAGACAAUCUUUAUUGUAACUUCUCUUUCACUGAUAACUUGGCUGCCUUUCGCUAUUGUGUUCAACUCGAGUUUUAUCAUAAGUGGUAAGAGCACAAUUUUACAUAGAUUCAUUCGUUGUCUUCAGCUAGCAAAUUCUUUCAUCAACCCGAUUGUUUAUUGGUUUAGAAUGCCGAUUUUUGGAGCAACGCUAAAGGCUACACUCCUUACAAUAAGAACACGAUUAAGCUUCAGGAAACGCAAGACUUGUACACAAGCGGAUGCUGUAGUAUUAGCCUCUUUUUCUAACAUAGAUGUAUGUCCCAAUAAAAUCACCCCCCUUGAUUAACUGCAAAAGAAAUGAGCCGAAAAUAUUUAUUAUUUAUAAUUCUUAAAAAUAAACUAUAGUACGAACUAGCUGCGAAAAAAGGCAAAAAAUUAAAGAAUAUGAAUCAAAUAAAAUUAAAUUAAGCUUUAUUAACUUAUUGCAACACCUGAGGCGAAAGUGAACAAAUACAAUCACACUUUUGAAAUCCAGAAUCUUUAUUAUUAUUAGCUUCCGCCUAAAGCGGGAACAACUUUGUUUCGUUUACGCAGUGCUAAAUAAGAUAAGGUGAAACAGCAAAACCCGUAGUAGCCUCAACAGUAGUUUAAUGUCUAAAUGAUUUUUACAUGUUAACGUAAGGAGUAGCUUCGGACGAAGACACGUCGCCCAUUUAUGGAGCCUUAAAGGGUUGACAUGAAAGUGUAAGCAGAGAAAUUUUUGAAAUGUAAGUCUGCCAAAGCGGAACACAGCUGUCAACCUGGCCAAUAUGAGAGUUAAUAUUCAAUAUUUUCGUUUCUAUAAUCAAGUCCUUACCCUAAUUUUCAUUUUCCUUUGGGUUUAAAUUUGCUAACUUGGCUGGUUCAAGACAGGUAAUUCAUCUUUUCGCCAGCUAUUGAUUCGUGGCUAGUUUCCUUCAUAGAAUUAAAAUAAAUAUAAAGAAUAUUAAAAAUAAGUUAGUUUUUUGCACAACACAGUCCAAAUGGGCUUCGCAUUCCCUUUUCUUGGCAUUUUAAGUUUACUUGACAGUAGCCAGCAAGGUGCCUUUAUGAUCUAAUAAGCGAGAGUUCAUGAUAAUAAAAAGCUAGAUAUAGACCUAACAGCAGGUGAUUUAGCUCUAAAUAUACUCUAAUAUAUAAAAAAAUUAAACUAAAAAAAGAAAAAAAAAUAAGAGCAAAUUAAUGUUUCAUGUAAGUUCUGGCAAAGUAAAGUCAGGUUCAUUUUUCGUUGAAAGCUCUUUUGUGGCACUCCAUUCGUUUUCUUUAUCACAGCUGAGCGAUUGCCACUGAAAAAGCACAAUAUCAAUAAUCACCCUAGCAAAUACUUUUGCUCCGUAUGUUUGCUGGUAAACGUAAAGCUGUAGACGAUGCCCUGAGAAAAAUUCAGGUGGAGAAGUUCUCCAUUUUUGUACGGAACCUAACGAUGACAGGAACACAAAUGAAGUCAAGCAAGUCAUUUUGCAUAGAGUUCACUUUUCCUUUUUCCUUUUUCAUGUUGCCUAGCUAAAAAAGGGAAACAAAAAAAUGAAAAAAAAUUUUUACACUUAAUAGAGAAACUAACAGGAAAUCUGUCACAGCGACCUCAGAAAAGUAAUUAAACCAAAACACAACGGGAAUUGGCUUUCUUUAUGUACUCCGUCACCAAGAAUAGAGUAUUCAUGAGGGAUCACUAGUGCUAAGUUGAGGAAGUGCAAAACACUCGAUGAAAAAUUGGCUUUAGAAAAUGACCAUAGAAAACGGACAACUACCGUUAAACUCAAAUUAGAGUAGGUAAUUCACAAUUGAUUAAUUAAUUCGAAAAUUCUGCCAAAGAAAAUAAUUAAUCAGGCCAAAAAAGCAUGUAGGAAUGACUUACCAUUGGGUGAACUUCUGCAACAGUAGAAAAAUCUUAUGACUGAAACGAAUAACGAGUUAUCAGGUUGCUUGAAAUAGGGCGUACCACUUGACUGAAAAUUGAAUAUGGUUGUCGAACAAAUCCUAAUAUCGUUUGCAAAUUACAGAUGUUUUUUCUCGAAUGUAAAUAAAACUAGGAAACAAACAAAAGAAUGUGCGCUUUUGUCAAAAUUUAAUCAAGGCAAUACUCAUUUUGGCUACGGGAAAUCAAUCGUUUUUUAUGUGUGAGGCGUAAAGUUAAAUUCGACCGGGGAAUAAGCGAGAAAACUGAAACUUUCAGCCAGGGAAAACUCAAGUCAACCUCGGCUGCUUAGAGACUACAGUAGAAAUGUGAAAAACGAUUUAAAUGAAGUAA